UACUGACAGAAUUAUUUUACUCGUCUCGUGUCAUUAUCUAAAUUUAUGUUGUUGAAAGUUACAAAUGUAAAAUCAUUAAAAUGUGCGACAACAAAGAAAGAUGCGAGCCAUGUCGCACGAUCAAUUUGGCAAAGCACAUAAACCAACCAAAACCAGAUAUGCAAAUAUACGACAAAUGCACUCCCCAGAGGAAGAUAGAAUGUGGUCGCGUUACAGAACUUCCUAUUCAUCCAACUUGUAUAAAAAUAUGCACCAAGGAAUUGCAGUUAAAAAGUGCCAAGACUCCACCUAAAGUGACUGCACCCUAUGCUCACGGCAAGUUUAUGUACUUAGUCAAAGCUGGUAUCCUGGUAGGGACUGCUUAUUUCACUUACUCUCAGGGAGUGUGGGGUGACCAGAAUGACUCCACGGAAUGUCUACGUCGCUGGCAAGAAUACAUGCGCAGCAUAAAUACGAGAAAGCCGCCCUUAUUUGACAAGUGUGGUCGUGUUAUUAAAAAAGAAAAUAAUGAAAGCUUGCUGGCACCUUUAUAUUCUCUUUACAAGGGUUUUGUAACCACGUGUUUUUCAGGCAUCGUUAAAAUACCAGUACAUAUAAAAUGUGCGUAUUUGGACUACCUGAAGGCGCUGGAGAGGAAGGAAGCUGAACUGGCAAAGGAAAGAAAGUUACGGAAAGAAAGAGGAUAAAUCUGAUGUGAUAUUUUAUUUGUUUUUUAUUGCAACAUUGUUUAGAGUUUUUAAUAACGUUUUUUUUACAUUGCAACAC